CGAAUAUUCUGACCAAGAUUUGGAAGAUUUUAAGCAACAAAAACCUAGCAAUAAUGAUGAUAAUGAGAUGCAUUCAUUUGAAACUGAAAAAUAUUGGUAUGACUCAAGGAUGGAUCGGGAUACUCGAUAGCCGAAACCCGAACUUUUUCGACUCGAACCCGAAUCUAAGGAAAAUUCCAUAUUUUCCUCAACCCUUACCGUCCCUGCUACGACUGGAUUAAAAAUAGUAACUAAAACUGACUCCGGGUAUAACAUCACCUUAGAAUGAGCUAUUAGUUAACCCAAUAUUCGUCGUUAUUACUAAAAAUUUGCCUUUUUUAAGUCAUCAUCAUCUACCGCAAAUGAGAUUUCAUUAUUCAAUGCCUGCAAUCGUUAACUCCUUACAAGAUUCAGUACCGGAUAGGGUAAAAUUUCGUCGAUCUGAUACUGAAGAUUUUUUGAUUGAACGGAAAGCUGGUACCUCGAGUGAAUUAUCCAACCAUCAAUCCCCCCUCAAACAGGAUGAUUUCUGCAACACCCAGACUAACCAAAAUGUAACACCCUCAACUCUAUCAGAUUGUGAAACUGAAGAUAAAUUGCCUGCAUUCAACCCCUCUAUACCUAAUAAUAGGCAACAUUUGUCAUUGUCAUUCACCUCUAAACGUCGCCAAUUACCAAAAACACCAUCCCCUGAGGACCCACUUGAACAUAUUGAUAUUGCUACUGCCUCUCGUGAACGGCUAUUGGACGUACUUAAACAAACUUAUCAACUGCUAAAUUUAAGCAGGGAGAAGGAAGGAGGAAAGAAUAAACAUCUAUAUAUGAAUUGCGAGGAUCAACUAGAUCAUAAUAGAGAGAAGGAUGAAUCUAAACUUCCACUGCAAUCUCUCCCUUCUCCCUCUGUACUUCGCGAAAUUCAAUCUAAAUUGCCCAAGAAUUGUUGUAGAGCUCAAGCCUUGGAGGACGAACAGCAGUACACAUUCUCCUAUGGAAUGGAUCAUUCAGCAAAUGCCCGUUCAAUAGGAAGACGUCGAUUAUUCUCAAUUGAGGGUAGCUAUUAUGAAGACAAUCUUCCAGGCGUGGCUGCACCGUUGGAUGGUGAUUAUGAGUUCAGGACAGCCAGAGAAGACCACCAGCCUUUGAAUGAAUUGUAUAGUCCAACAGAAAAUGACAGGAGUAAAGGAUAUAUUUUUGCCGACGGUGCCAAAAGUAGUUCCGGCAUCUCUUCAAGUUGUUAUACAAGCUCCUCACGGAGUUGCGAGCUUCCAGACUGUGAUCAACAACAAAAAACAACCCCGCGAGAGAGGAGAACGUCCCCUCGAUUAGACGACCCUUCAAUCGUUCCUACCCACCGUGCCCAGUUUGAAUUUAUGCCUAGACAUGCUGACGAAUUGAGAUUAGAUCGUGGGGAUGCUGUGCAUGUAAACGAGAAAUUUAAUGACCAUUGGUGCUUUGGCCUGAAUCUCCGGUCAGGCCAACGUGGAAUAUUUCCUGAAGCUCUCAUUGUUGAGAUAGAUUUGGUGGAUGAAAUUUGCAAAAAAGUUCUUCCUGAGACUAAGAUGAGAUUGGAACGUGAUACUUUUUAUUUGACAAUGCUUGCUUCUGUUGAAGUUGCCCAUCACAAGGGAAACGAUAUUUUGGUUCAAGCGAUUAAUAAGGUCUGUUCAAUGUAUCUACAAAAGGAUGAGAUCCUUGUACCUCAAACGGUAUUAAUGGAAAUUUCAUUCCGUGGAAUUCAUGUAAUUGACAAACGGAAAAAAGACGUAAUUUCAAAAUUUUCAAAUUUAAAUAAAAAAAUUUCCCAAAAACAGAUAUUUCGUUGCCCUACUUUUGACUAUUUUUACAGCCUACAGAACAUCUCCUUUUGUGGAGCCCAUCCAAAAGAAUUACGGUAUUUUGGCUUUAUCACCAAACACCCCAUUUUGCCUCGCUUCGCUUGCCACGUAUUUCUUUCUAAUGAAUCUACUCAAGCUAUUGUUGAAGCUAUUGGACGUGCUUUUAAACGUUCCUAUGAUGAGUAUAUGGCUUUUGCCCAUCCAACAGAAGAUAUUUUCUUAGACGAAUAA